AUAGUUCAUACUUGUCAAAUUAAGAGUGGAUUUGGAGAAAAGUGAAGUCAAAGGAAGUUCCAAUUGAAUAUCGUGAGUUGUAUUUUAUUCAACCGUUGAUAAUAAUACAAUUCAUCCACAAUCCUUAAUUUUGUUGAAUACCUGAAAAACAAACAUGGUUUUGGAGAGUACUAUGAUAUGUGUGGAUAACAGUGAUUACAUGAGAAAUGGAGAUUUUUUGCCUACAAGACUCCAGGCUCAGCAGGACGCCGUAAACCUUGUUUGUCAUACUAAAACACGAUCAAACCCGGAGAAUAACGUUGGUUUAAUGACUCUUGCUAAUGUUGAAGUACUAGCUACUUUGACCAGCGAUGUCGGACGGAUACUAUCCAAGCUCCAUCGUGUUCAACCGAAAGGAAACAUUAAUAUUUUAACUGGUAUUAGAAUUGCUCAUUUAGCCCUCAAACAUCGUCAGGGAAAGAACCACAAGAUGCGUAUCAUAGUAUUUGUAGGUUCUCCAAUAAACUCAGAUGAAAAAGAGCUUGUAAAACUUGCUAAGAGGCUUAAGAAAGAAAAAGUUAAUUGUGAUGUUGUAUCCUUUGGUGAAGAUGCUGAUAAUAAUCCUUUGUUAACAUCAUUUGUGAAUACACUCAAUGGUAAGGAUAACACAAGCGGUGGAAGCCAUCUUGUGUCUGUACCAGCUGGAGGUUGUGUUGUCCUGUCUGAGGCUUUGAUCUCAAGUCCUGUAAUUGGAGGAGAUGGUGCUGGUCCCUCUGGUUCUGGCUUGUCACCAUUUGAAUUUGGUGUUGAUCCCAAUGAAGACCCAGAAUUGGCUCUUGCACUCAGAGUCUCUAUGGAAGAACAAAGACAACGUCAAGAAGAGGAAUCUAGACGUCAACAAGCUAGUACUGAAGGUGAUGCUAAUAAAACUGGUGAAACACCUACUACAGGUGCUGCUGCUGUACCAGCUGGCCGUGAGCCAAUGGAACUUUCAGAGGAUGAACAGAUUGCACUUGCUAUGCAGAUGAGCAUGCAACAAGAUGCUCCAGCAGCGGAGGAAAGCAUGGAUGUGUCCGAAGAGUAUGCUGAGGUUAUGAAUGAUCCUGCAUUUCUCCAGAGUGUUCUAGAAAAUCUCCCAGGGGUUGAUCCUCAGAGUGAAGCUAUUCGAAAUGCAAUGUCUACUAUCAAGAAAGACAAGGAUGAUAAAAAUGAAAAGAAAGAUGGUUCAGGGUCAAAAGAAAAGUAAAGUAAAAUUUACAUUUUUUAUUGUCAUUAUGCUCGUAAACUUGGUUACAACAAUAAUUUAAGACAAGUACUACCACAACAGGAUACUAUUUCCAUGAUAUCCAAUUUAGUCCUUCUAUUUUGUCAAAUCCUGUAAUAAAAGAAUGUAUUGUUUAUUAUAGCCAAUAAAGAGGUGUAACUA